UUUGGCUUUAUUUGCCUGUGGGAAGUGGCUAAAGGAGGAAGUGCCCAGUGAGAGUGAGGGAAACCAGAGAGAGGCCCAGGAGAAGCAGGAGCGGAGCAUGUAGCCUGUUCUUGCUGGCAGACUCCACCAAGAUGACCCGGUGUGAGAAGAUGCGUUUAUCACUGCUGGUCCCCUUUCUCUUCUGGAUCUUAGGCUGUUCCACUGCUCGGGAUCCAGUCAGCGGUCCAGCGAAGGUGAGCGGCCAUGAGCAGGGCUCCUUGACAGUGCAGUGCCAAUAUACCUCAGGCUAUAAGGAUUACAAGAAGUACUGGUGCCGAGGAGUUCCUCAGAGAUCAUGUGCAAUUGUCGUUGAAACUGAUGCAACAGAACAGUUGGUGAAGAAGAACCGUGUGUCCAUCAGGGACGACCAGAGAAAGUUCGUCUUCACAGUGACCAUGGAGGAUCUGAGGAUGAGCGAUGCUGACAUUUACUGGUGUGGAAUUACGCAAUCUGGAUAUGAUCCCAUGUUUCAAGUUAAUGUGAACAUUGGCCCAGCAACUCAAGCACCCAUUACAGUACCAACCACGCCCCCCAUCACCUCCACCACCACCAUCUUCACAGUGACAACCACGGUAAAAGAGACCAGCAUGUUUCCAACGCUGACCAGCCCCUACUCUGAAAACAGGAAUGGCAGUGGUGAUGGUGGCAACAACAGCGAUGGGUUUUUGGAUCUCAGUGUGCUCCUCCCAGUCAUCUCUGCAGCCCUGUUGCUUCUCCUGCUGGUGGCCUCACUCUUUGUUUGGAGGAUGAUGAGGAGACAGAAAGCUGCUGGACCUCCCUCAGAGCAGGUACAAUCUCUGGAGGGUGAUCUCUGUUAUGCACACCUGUCCCUGCAGCAGCCCAGAACCUCCCCUCGCUCCUCUUGGAAAAAGGGCUCCUCCAUGUCCUCCUCUGGCAAAGAGCACCAAGAGGAAGUGGAAUACGUCACCAUGGCUCCCUUUCCCAGGGAGGAGAUUUCUUAUGCCGCUCUGUCUUUGGCGGGCUUGGGUCAGGAGCCUACUUACGGCAACACUGGCUACCUCGUCAACCACGCUCCCAAGACAGGCCUUGAAGAGGAGACCACAGAGUACAGCAGCAUCAAGAGGCCCUCGCCUGCAGCCAUGCCUUGAUCUUGGUCCCCGAAGGUGGCCUGGAGCCUGUGUCUGCACACCUGCCUCUGUCCCCACUUCCUUACCAGGCCCAGCUGGUGACUGGAACUUUGUUCAUCCAUUUCUCAUGGCCUUCAUCUCUACAUUGAACUUGGAGUUCAGCCUCAGGGGGCUCCAGGGAAUUAAGACUCCUUCUACAUCCCCACUUAUAGCCAAUGUACCCUGGAAGGUACCAGGCAGGCUGCUUCAGGGAUGCUGUGUGUAAAUCGUAACAACAGUGACAAUAAUAGCAAUAUACCUUUAUUUAUUGUUUUUCAUAUGGGUUCCCCCCCCAGGACAUUUUCAUCCUCAUACCUAUAAUCUGCGAAUUAUUUUAUACAAAGAAAGACAGGUGCAUAUGUGUUUAAGUUAGGGUUUUGAGAUGAGUCUGUUAUUAUCUUAGUAGGCCCAAAAUAAAACCACCAGGGUCCCUUUUAAGGAGGAAUAGAGCAAGAGAGAGGCAUGCUGCAGUAGCCAGGAUGUUGCACACCCAGCAGCCAACGAAGCCAAGUAUCAGGCUGUCCCCUGGGCGGGGCAUCUGAGAGCCAUCAGGCCUGCCAGCGUCAAGUCUUGAGCCGAGUUGAAUUGACCGUGUACUUUCAGAAUUUUAGAAGAAUAAAGUUAUGUUGUUUGUAUUUA